AUCCCUCCUCCUCCUCGGUGGCGGCUGUUGCUGCUGCAAGCUGCUGGUGUUGCCGUGACGAUGAUAUCCUCCCCCUCUUACACACACAUACACACACACAGACCAGGAGGAGAGGAGAGGAGAGAAGAGGCAGCAAACAAGACGGUAUCAUGACGCGAUGGCUUCAGGCUGGAAAACAGACGCUCCCACUGAUGGCCUGGAAAACAGGGAAUCGGUGGAUUCAUCCUCAGUCCACUUCAAAUGAAAUCAGCUGAACUGAUUAUAGUUAAAUUACUCCUGAAGGGAAACAAUCUGCUUCUCACCUGCUUCUUUUUGGUGUUUCAUUGGACAAAUAACCAUCUGGAGCUGGAAGAGUGGUUUACAUGCAUGGAAUCCAUAUUUAAUCAGGAAUGUGGGACAGAAGACUCUCAGAUCUACAGAAGAGUAACGCUGAUGUGGAUCACUGACUAAAACCAAUCAAACCUAAGAUCAGUGCAGAUCUUUUUUAUGUUCAGAAUGUGCCAACAGUUUCUACUGGAGUGUUUCUCCAAUUUCUCCUGAAUGUACAAUGGAGUAAAACACAGAAAGAGUCGGGAUAGAGAACCUGUCAGAAACCAAAGCAACAACAAGCCCUCAGCUUGACCGUGAAGCGUCUUCCCCUGGCUGCGGCGCGGAGGGAGGGGCGUGUGUGGAGGUUCCCCCCCAGCAGGCUGCCGCGGGCAGAUGGAGGCCCACCAACACUCCCCAGAUAGCAGCAGUGAGGAGUGCACCGUCCUGGAGGCUGCGCCCUGCAAGAACAGCUGCCUGCAGCAUGCAGGGAAGGUGGCUGACCUGUACUGCUCGGCCUGUGAGUGUGCCCUGUGUGAGGACUGCUUACCGGCCCAUGAGGAUCACCCCAAGGUGGCGCUCAUCCAGGCCCUGGAGCAGCACCGGAGCCGGCUGCAGGAGAGACUCGGGGCGGUCCAGAACAGGCUGCCCCAGAUUUCAGAUGCUCUGUCCCUCGUUUCGGAGAUUCUCCAGCAGCUGAACAACCAGAGAGCUUCCAUCGAAGAGGACAUCCAGUCCAGCUUCGAGGACCUGCACAAGCAGCUGGAUGUUCGGAAGAGCGUCCUUCUCAUGGAGCUCGAAGUCACAUAUGGGCUCAAACAAAAGGUCCUCCAAGCCCAGAUAGACAACCUCACACGUGGAGACGGGGACAUCACGACCACCUGCACCCAGACGGAGGAAGCUCUGGCUGAGGAGGCGAGCGUGGCGACCCUGGAGGUGGAGCAUGAGCUGGAGGAGAGGCUGAAGGAGCUGGCUAUUCUGAGAAUGCCGUGCCAGCCGGAGGAGAACGACCAGCUGGACCUGGUGAUGGAGACAGACGGACUGAGGAAGUCCAUUCACAACUUGGGGACCAUAGUUACAACCAGCGCUGUGGCAAGUCAGAGCGAAGCCAUGGGCACCGGCUUGGAGCAGUGCAUUGUGGGACAUCCUGCUUCAGUUACUAUAGUAACAAGAGACAAGUCAGGGGGAGCCUGCAAGACUGGCAAUGCCAUCUUAUCAGCUGAGGUUUUCACCCCCGACGGCAGCAUUGUUGAUGGCGAGAUACUGGACCACAAGAACGGUACAUAUGAGUUCAUCUACACGGUGCCCAAAGAGGGCAACUUCUCUCUGGCUCUCCGUCUGUAUGACCAGCACAUCAAAGGAAGUCCCUUCAAGCUGACCGUCUCCAAGGCGUCUGAGGUAGAGGUCGAGGUGUCUCCAUCCACCACCACAGCAACUAACUCAGCAGCCAAUGCCACCCCGUCCACAGGCUCCUCUGACGGGACAAAGAGGCGAGGAAAGUCCCCCGGCCAGAAGAAGAAAGGCUCCAAGAGGGCCAGCAGCGCUCUGGGAACCCCACGACGAAAAACUCAGAAUCCCAUCGAGGACGACCUCAUCUUCAAGAUCGGAACUAAGGGUAGAAAUAAGGGUGAGUUCACCAACCUUCAGGGAGUGGCUGCCUCCUCCAGCGGCAGGAUUCUGAUAGCUGACAGCAACAAUCAGUGUGUUCAGAUUUUCUCCAAUGAAGGUGAGUUUAAGAGUCGUUUUGGGGUGCGUGGGCGAUCUCCUGGCCAGCUGCAGCGGCCCACUGGGGUCGCUGUGCACCCGAGCGGUGACAUCAUCAUUGCUGACUAUGAUAACAAAUGGGUUAGCAUCUUCACGUGCGAGGGCAAGUUCAAGGCGAAACUUGGCUCUGGGAGACUCAUGGGGCCAAAAGGCGUGUCUGUGGACCAAAAUGGUCACGUGAUCGUAGUCGACAACAAGGCGUGCACUGUCUUCAUCUUCCAGCUGACCGGCAAGCUAAUUGCUAAGUUUGGGAGUCGGGGGAAUGGUGACAAGCAGUUUGCAGGUCCACACUUUGCAGCAGUGAACAAGAACAAUGAGAUCAUCGUGACAGACUUCCAUAACCACUCUGUCAAGGUUUUUACCACUGAGGGAGAGCUGGUGUUGAAGUUUGGCUCAAACGGGGAAGGAAACGGCCAGUUCAACGCUCCCACUGGUGUAGCUGUGGACGUAAAUGGGAACAUCAUUGUAGCUGAUUGGGGCAACAGCAGAAUACAGGUUUUUGAUGGCAGCGGCUCCUUCCUGUCCUACAUCAACACAUCAGCAGACCCCCUGUACGGCCCACAAGGCCUGGCGCUGACGUCGGACGGCCAUGUGGUGGUCGCCGACUCUGGUAACCAUUGCUUCAAGGUCUACCGCUACCUACAAUGAUGAAGACUAGUGAAGAAGAGGAGAACAAGCAGGGCAGUGGUGAGAGCGGAAAGCUAAAGCUCACAACGUUUAACUCCAUCUAUCCAUUGCAUGAACUUGUCCUGAUGGAUUAACCGAAGGAAAGAAAUGCCAAGGAAAACGUUCAGCCUCCGUCCUUACAUGACCUGAACUUCAGAGGAGAAGUCUAAUCCUGGUGAGGUCUGGAGGAAUGAAGCCAGAGUGGAAUAUUAAGGUGAAGUGUUGCCCCCUCCAGAAGCAUAUGUCUGCAGUAAUUUGCUGCAACGGAUUCCUGUUUUUAAUUAAAGAUGUCUGCCUUCACCUAAAGCGGAAAAGAUUGACCAGCCAAGUAUUGAAUAUAAAUGUUUGCGAAAAAGGAAGAAGACCUUUGUUGGAAACUUUGCUUAUUAAAUCUAUGUUGUGAAUGUUGGAUUGAUGAAAUGUCAGUGGCAUAAAGGCAGAUGUAAUUUGGUGGGAAUGAUUUGAAUUAUUGAUAGUUUGACAAUGUUCUGCCUUGAUGUAUCGUAUGUAAAAGACAAAAUAAUGUCUGGUGAGGUAAAAGGGGUCCAUAGCUUUGACUUUUCUCAGUUUGUUGUUCUAAGGCUUCAUAUCUACAGCUCAGAUUGUCUUUAAGGAAACAGUCAGCUUUAACUGAUCAGGCUUACAGUGGAGGUGUGACGGAAAUGUCACACCUCCACUGAAGGUGACAGAUAAAUAUCUGAGCAAUAAUCUUGCUCCGAUAUUUAUCUGAGCAACGACCCAAGGAAUCCCACACGAUUUCACCAAAUUAAAGAAGUAUGAAAAUAUGGCCACAGAGCAGUUAAUUUUACAUAUUUACUAGAAACAUGAUGGAUAAUCGCUAAUGUGGAAGAGUGGUAAAGCUGUAAAAUUAAAGGCAUGAAUUUAUCAAUAUUAAAACUCUGAAAUUUGAAUGGAAAACUUCAGAAGUUUACGAAGGGUUAGGGACCUCAGUCGUCUUUUACUACCGGAGACCCUCUCUAAAAACUCUUAUAGUUACCUACUAUAAUAGAUCAAAUAUACCUUAAUAUGCAUUAAUACGCGCAGUGGAAAGCGUCUCAUCACUACCGCUGAUGCUAACAUCCAUGGUCUUCAAAGUACAGCCAGUUAAUGAAUGGCGCCAUUGAUUGGCGUAUCAAUGCGUCAACAUGUUUAAAUUCUCUAAGCUCUGUUUUCUUUUGAAUACUUCAAACAUGCUUUACAGAAAUAUUAAAAAAUAAGCACAUUUUCUGUGAUAUUUACAUCAAAUAAAAAAUCCAUGAAAACUGAAGCGUUUGUAAGAGGAUCCACUCUAUAUCAGUUUUUUCCCCUCUGGCCACAUUUCUUUAUUUUAUCAUGUUCAAUGCUCCUACUAGUCGGCAAACUGCAGACCAAUGCUGAUACUCCCACCUCCAUUUUGAAAGUGAUGGCUCUGUGGUUGGGAGGCAUUCGGUAGAUUUGGAUUAAUUCCUUCGCCUUGGACCACUUUUAGCUUGUUGAACAUUGUUUGUACAUAUGGAUUGUUUUAAUUAUGGAAUGUUUAUUUCUCCCAUAAGAUUGAAUCCUUUAAAGAUCAUGAACAAUAGAUUAAUCAUUAUAAACAACUGCUUGUCUGACUCGUGGAAUGGGACUUUGGAAACGGUUUCCACCCACAGCAUCGUCUCUGUGCCUGGUGUGUGCGGUUGUGUGUUACACAGAGGAAUGAAAAAGCUCUAUAAAUCUAUCCUAUAUAUUUGUGAGAACAUUUCUAACAUUUCCGGGUAAAUCAACAUUUCAAAUCACUGACGUAUAUCUCUGCUUGUUGUCUUGGCAGCUGUGAAGAGAAGGCGGGGCUUCCAGAAUGUUCAGAUUUGGGUUUUCGUUAAUGUCCACGGUUCUAGAGCGAGUUUAGAGUUCUAUCGAGUUUCGACGUCAAACUGUAGAGUUUCACACGUCAUUUCAUGUUGAAACAAUACCUCAGUGUUGGAGAAGCAUGCUCUUGUUAUCACCGUAUGCUUCCAUUCAAGCAUUUUGAAGUCAUGUUGCCUUCUGUUGAAAUAUUUAGGCUGCACCAAAUGUGGACCAUUCAGGGACGGAAUGCCGCAUAAUGUACUGAGGAUAGCCCAAAACCUCUAAAUGGUUUAACGCAGUGAAAUUUCAAAAACACUGACGAUUUUAAAGGGAUUUAAAGGAGACAACACCAUCAAUACUUGUGUUAUGCAUGCAAAAAUUACACUGAUCUUGCAGUUUUUUUGGGUUUUGCUUUCCUUUCCGUGAGAUUGUAGAUGACAUCCUGGAAAGAUUGACUACUAAGAGGAAAUGAUCUGGUCCAGUCACAUAAAGUCUUACCAUGACAAAAAUAAACAGGUUAUUUUGCUGACAGUAUCCAAACGUCUAAAACCAUAACCAAUUCAUUUCAGUCACUUUUUUUUUUGCAAAAUUGCAGAGUAUUUUCUCGAACACCGUAAUAAACUGCCUGAACACUGUAUCAGUCAUCAAUCAUGAUAAAUUAUCAAUAUAUUCACAGCUCCUGCAUUGACUUUUUUUUAAUGUCCAUCCAUUUUUAUUGUAGGGGUCGAUUCCUCUCUCAAUGGUCUGCAGUUAUGAUGCCAAUCUUAAUUUUAAUGUCUCUUGAGAUGCUGUCUCAUUAGCACAGAGCAUUGAAGAUCAAUACUGGCACCGAGGACUCAGUGAUUAUCUUCCAACAACUCAUAAACAACAACUCAUAAACCAGUUAGCUGCCAUUUAAAUUAUGUUAACGCUGAGCUAAAACAUUUUAAAUAUUGUCAUAUCUUUCAGUGGUUUCCACAAUAAAUCAAAAAUAGGAAGUUAUUCUCUUAAUCAUAUCUAGGCUUGACGAUCCCACUGACAAAUGACUUUCGUUUAUUGUUUGCCAUUUAUUUGGUUCUUUAUCUUGCAGUUUGAUUGUUUGUUUCCACCGUGUGCUUUGAACUUCUUAAGUGCCCAUAUUGUUUUUUUAUACAUUUCAUCAAGUUGUCUGAAACAAAAUGCGAUUGCUUCGCCUGUUGUGGUUGGAAUGAUUACAGUCUUAUUUAUUUAAUUUCAAAAAUAAAGUUUUCACGUCUUAAAGGAAAAAUACAAAAGUUAGCCAGUUUGAAAACAGUGACCAUUGGUUCUCUAGCUAACUAGCUAGCCAGCAUGCUAGUUUUAACUUGGCUAAAACUAGCUAGCUAAACAUGCAAAUUAGCUAAUUAAAACUAGGUAGCUAGCUAAUAUUAGCUAGUUAACCAUAGGUUAAACACUUACUACAGCUCACUGGAUAAAAUUUAUGUUGUCAAACUUUUAAUUAAAACUCAUUCAGUCUCUUUUAAAUGCUAACUAGCUUGUGUCUUCAGUCCACUCGCGCCAGAUUUACUGUAGCCAUCCAACAGUUGCAUGUUUAACAGAAUAAGUAGAUUAAAAUUAUAGUUCUCAUCAAUCUGUUGUUUCUUUUUCUAUUUUGUGCUGAUUGUAAGUUUGUGUAACUGGAUUUUCUGAUUGUUAGCAAAAGUGCUGCUAUGUCUGAGAGUUUUUUUUGUCUCUCAUUGAGCUGGAAUGAGUUAUUUUCUCAUCAAUGGAGUUCAAAUUAGGUUAUUUCCUAAUUUAAACCCUGUUUGCUGGAUAUUCAGCCUUAUUAUGUGUAAAUAAUGAAUGUGAGUAAAAUGAUGGAAUUUCUUUCACCUACUUGAGUUGAAAUAUCCUAUAAGAUGAAUCAGGUCCGUAACAGAAAUACGUUUGAUAACGUUAUGAAAGUGAUUGUUUAAUUUCACGAUGAAAGCCCGGACUGUAACCAGCUUCAUGUACUGUUAUUGCCUGCUUACUCUCUUUGUAACUACUGUCUGUCAUGUCUGUUCAUGUUUAAGGCCCAUCUCUGGAUAUUCACACACACUCAACACUGAAAUAAAACAUUGGUUCCUCUUGG